GUUCGUUGAUAUAAUGUAAUAACACACUACUAGUGUUAAUAGAGCAAUGUAACAGUGACAACACGAUAUUAAGAUAUUAUGGCUAAAUUAGAUCAAAAUACUGAACGGCAAUAUGAAAAAGUUGCGAGUGAGGAAAGCCAAAACGACAAUGAGAAGGAUGAAUCUCCAGAACCAUAUGGUUUAGGAGUGCGGCAUGUACAAUCUGCAAUAAUUUUCGUAAGCCUGUGUGUUACAUUCAUAGCUCGAGCACAUCUCAGUGUAACAAUAGUAGCUAUGACUGAUAAUCUUAGCACCAAAACUACCAUAGUCAAUGUCACUGAAGGGAAUACAAAUGCUACCUCUAAUAUUACUGAAAUUGAACUUCCAGACGAUAUGCUAGAUCUACAAAAUGUUACAUUAGACUAUGAAAAUAGAACGAAUACGAAUGUAAUAUGUUUAAAUAGAACUAUUGGAAUGAAUUACGAACAUAAUGAAAAUGAAACAGACGUCGAUUGUGUUGAUGAUGAUGUAUUCAAUAACAGUAUUAUAAAUAGUGACAGUUUAAAUGACACUGAUGAAAUUCAAGAAGCUAAAGAUAGUAUCUGGAACGUGUAUAGGACCUACGCCUGGCCGAAGUCAACACAGGAGAUGGUGUUGGGCGCAUUUUUCCUGGGGUACAUGAUAAUGAUGUUUCCGAUGGGGGUGGUCAGCCAGCGGUGGGGAGGGAAACUGCCGUUGCAGAUCAGUCUCUUCUCCAGUGGAUUCAUCUGUUUCUUCACGCCUUGGCUUGCUGUGUGGGGAGGUUACAGAGCGGUGAGUUUGACCCGAGUUGCUACUGGAUUGACACAGGCCGGAACCUACCCUGCUAUCCACACACUCAUUGCCAAAUGGGUGCCUCUCAGCGAAAGGGGACGACUGGGCACCUACGUCUAUACAGGAGCGAUGGUGGGAUCGGUGAUGGCAUUCCACGUGAGUGGUUUCCUGGUUGCCAGCAGCUUCGGUUGGCCGUCGGUCUUCUGGGUGACUGGAGUGCUGUGCAUCCUCUGCGCGACCCUGGUCACUCUGUUUGUGGCUCCUACUCCUCAACAGCACCGGUUCAUCACGGAAGACGAAAGGAAAUUCAUUCUUGGGAGUGUCAAGGAGCAUGUUGAAAGAAAGCGUGCAGUGCCCUGGAAGGCUAUCUUCACUUCAGUUCCUGUCUGGGCCGCGUUUGCUGCCCACAUUGGGACUUCAAUCACCUUCCUGUUCUUUUUCACUCAAAUCCCGACCUACCUGCACUACGUUGUUGGACUUAAUAUUAAAAAUAGUGGUCUUCUCUCAUCGUUACCAUACUUAGCCAACUUCUUAGUAUCCGUUGGUAUGGGCAUACUCUCCGACUACUGGGUCAACAGGAAGAUCGUCAGCCUUAAAAAUGUUAGGAUUAUUUCUAACACUAUAGCAAACAUCGGUCCAGCAUUAUGUCUGUUCGGCGUUUCGUUCACCAGCGACCCGGUGUUGGCAGUCGCUCUACUCAUCAUCUGUAUGGGCACCCACGCCGGUACGCAUACUGGAUGGAUGGUGAACUACAUCGACUUGGCUCCAAACUUCAGUGGCACACUGAUGGCAACUGGCAACACCCUGAUGAACUUCAAUGCUGUCGGGAUGCCUGUACUUGUCUCCUACAUUGUCACUGAUGUGACCGAUGUCCAUCAAUGGCGGAUCAUCCAGUUUGUUGUCGGUACCAUCGCCCUGGUCUGCAACACCAUCUUCGUCGUCUUCAUGUCGGCUGAUGUUCAACCCUGGAAUGAUAUCCCGUACGAACCUGCUGGACAAGAUGACCCUGAAGCUGAAAAGGACGUAAAAGACGAAAAAGAAACACAAAGUUAAAUAAAAUGUUUAAAAACA